AUGCCACCGUCCAUGACGAUAGACAGCGAAACGGCACGCGGAACCCAGCAGGCUGAGUCCCAGGGUGCCGUUAUUCCAAGAACGCAACAAGAUGACAACGACAACACAAACAAUGACACCGGGUGUACCAGGCCCAGCGACGAUGACGAGAUGUUCGUCAGCCCGCCUUUUUCACAGCAGCAGCUACAGACCGGAAUGGGAUCGUCUCAACGCGUGGACGUUUCUGUCAAGAAGCGAAAAUACACACCGGCCUUGGACAAGGACACAAAGCAGGCUAUUUAUGCUCGGCUGAAGUCUAUCGAGUAUCAGCUACGUGUUACAUACCUUCUGCAUUUGACGGAUGAAGCCCGAGAUGAUCUGGUUCGGCACUAUCUCGACGACAUUGAGGGCGGCGAUGCCGAAUACGUCCGCGAAUAUGCUGCGUCGAGGAUCAUGGGCAAUUGCUCUAACUGGCAGCUACGGUGCAUCGACAACCUUAUUGCGUUGAACAGGAAGAUGUGUAGGGAGAGCGCCAUGUACAAGAACUGCAGAGACUUGGUGAGCAUCAGGGGGGAAAUGAAGGACAAGUACAGCCCCCAGCUUUUCGUCGAGAUCUUCGAUUUCGCUAGCGAGUACAUCGACGUGGCUGGGAGCGGCAAGGACGUCCAAAAAUGGUGCAAGAUCCUAUUCAUCGAGCUCGCGAGCCGUGCCAAGCUGGUGGUGGACUACGAGAGUGACCCGAACUCGAAGCGAGUGUCCGACAAUGACCGUCCAUCCUUCAUUUCUUGGUUCAAGACAUUGUGCAACUCGACCAAAUUCAGGGACUACCGUCCCAACCCCCGCAACAUCAAACGAUACAUCAAGCCUCGGGCAUCCAAGAGGGGUAGGAAGGAGAAACGCGCGUUCGUCCAUCCAGACGACGACGAUGUCGAUGUGUACGUCCCGAGCGAUUGA